AUGUCAUCGAUCGUAGAUGAAUUAUAUAGUAUUCAUUAUCAUACAACUAUUUUAUCGACAGAAUCAUUGCCAGAAAACAAAGUACUUACUAACCAAGAUGAAUCACAUUUUAUUGAUCAGCUAACUGAUCGAUUCAAUCCCCCAUCUCAUUGGGUUUAUGGAAAUGUAAAUAGAUCUUGUUUAUGUUUAGUUUGUUCUACCGCUCCUAUUGUUAUUUGGUGUGGUUCACAAUAUUCAUCCUUGAGAAUUGCAUUGAUUACAUAUUUAAAAGCAGAAGAUAUUACUUUGAUACUCUUUUCGGUAGAAGAACAUUUGCGACAAUGGUUGGAUUUAAAUUCUUCACUAACAAUUGCCUCUCUUAUUCUUCAACCAGACAUUCAUAUUCAAGAGCUUAUUGCUCGAACUCAUACUUAUGCUGGUAUUCGUUCGAUUCUUGUCCGUUGUAGAACAACGGAUUUAAUAGCAAUACAACGUUAUUCUAGAUCUUAUCCAAAAGUUGAUGGGAUUUUUGAUGAUGAUAAUCGUCUCCUGAUAAAAUUAGUGGUUGAUCUUGCACUUUUUUCUGAAGAAUUAGGAGAUCGACAAAGAGAAGACGACAACAAUGAAAUGGAAGCCCAAAAGAACUAUGCUCGAGCACUUAAAUUAUGUGCACUAGUCAGGAAAAUUUAA